CGCUCACGGCGCACUGAGGAGUUGAGCUCGCAGAGCCUGACACCUGAGAGCUCUGCCUCAGCGACACGCUUCACUUUAUUUCGGAACUAGGAAAACUCGCCUCGUUUCUUUUGCGGAUAUGCGCCGGAAAAGAGGGCACACCUCCAGGAGUGGGACAUAAACUUCAGGCAUUGUCAGACUCUAAAAUUAGCGAAGGCGCAAAUCCACUGAAAUAUCUUCUCGAGUAAAAAAAAAAAAAAAGAAAAAAAAAGGGAAUACAUUUCAUGGACAGCUCCAGAUGACGAGAGCUCCUCCACUCAGGCGGCGGGUUGGGCUCAGCAUCUACAAGGAUCUCUGAUGGAGAACGCUCCGCGGCGGAGGAUAGGAGCUCAUCUCCGGGCUGUGCUGCUCUUGACCUUUUGGACAACGCUUCUCAGGGACGCGGACGGCCAAGAGACUUCCAAUGACUUGACGGGGUUCAGUUUGAAUCCGCCGUACUUCAACCUGGCAGAGGGCUCCAGAAUAUCUGCAACAGCAACCUGCGGCCAGGAUGAAACUGGCGCACCGAGAGUUGAUUUGUACUGUAAGCUUGUCGGAGGACCAACUCUGGGUCUCCCUACUCAAAAUAUACAGGGUCAGUUUUGUGACUACUGCAACUCUUUGGAUCCAAACAAAGCCCACCCAGUGACCAAUGCAAUUGAUGGGACAGAGCGGUGGUGGCAGAGCCCGCCUCUCUCCAGGGGAACGGUCUACAAUGAAGUAAAUGUUACCCUGGACCUUGGGCAGCUCUUCCAUGUGGCAUACGUCCUAAUCAAGUUUGCUAAUUCACCUCGUCCUGACCUGUGGGUGCUGGAGCGCUCUGUGGACAAUGGGAGAACAUUUACCCCUUGGCAGUACUUUGCUCAUUCAAAACGGGAGUGUAUUGAGAAAUUUGGAAAACAACCCAACAGUCGUAUUUUUAAUGAUGACGACCAGAUCUGCACCACAGAGUAUUCGCGGAUCAUACCUUUGGAGAAUGGAGAGAUUGUGGUUUCUCUGAUAAACGGCCGCCCGGGCUCCAAAAACUUCACAUACUCACCGGUGCUCCGUGACUUCACGAAGGCCACAAACAUUCGCUUGCGCUUCCUUCGCACCAGCACUCUCCUAGGCCACCUAAUCUCCAAGGCCCAGAGAGACCCCACUGUCACACGCAGGUAUUUUUAUAGUAUUAAAGACAUCAGCAUUGGUGGUCGCUGUGUUUGCCAUGGCCAUGCCCAGGUCUGCGGUGUAAGUCGGAAUCUGGACAACCCAAGCAGACUCAAGUGCGAGUGCCAACACAACACCUGCGGCGAGUCAUGUGACCGCUGCUGCCCAGGCUUUAACCAGAAGCCAUGGCGUGCUGCAACUGUUGACAGCCCCAACGAUUGUCAGCCCUGCCAGUGCUUCAACCAUGCCUCCSACUGUUAUUACGACCCAGAGGUUGAAAAGAGGAGAGCAAGUUUGGACACCUUCGGCAGGUACAGCGGAGGAGGAGUGUGUGUCGGCUGCCAGCACAACACUGCAGGAAUAAACUGUGAGAGAUGCAUCGAAGGUUUCUACAGACCUUUCGGAGUGCCUCCCGAGUCUCCAACCGGAUGCAUACCUUGUAGCUGUGAUGAAAGGAUUACAGUCGGAUGUGAGAUGGGGUCCGGGAGGUGUAUCUGCAAACCACAAUUUGCAGGAGAAAGCUGYGAUCGCUGCGCUGAUGGACAUUAUCUCUACCCCGAGUGCAUUCCUUACUCUGCUUACCUGACGACCACCAAGUCGCCUGCAGGCCCCAUAGUGGGACCCACUGCCUGCCCCCCAGGCUAUUUCAACUCUCCUAGAUGUCAACCAUGCACUUGUGACUACAGAGGGACRGUGCAUACCAUAUGUGAUGUUUAUGGGCGCUGCCUCUGCCGUCGGGGCGUGGAGGGGGAGCGAUGCGACCGUUGUGAACCUGGAUACUACUCCUUCCCAAGCUGUCAGGCAUGUCGUUGUGGCGGAGCUGGGGUUGCUGAAAGCGUGUGCAGUCCGAAUGGUCAGUGCAACUGCCUCCCCAACUACCAAGGCCGAGAGUGUGACCAGUGUGCGCCAGGUUUCUAUGGAUAUCCAGACUGCGCUGCCUGUCGGUGUUCRUCGGAGGGUUCAUAUGGAACUGGAUGCAACCCAUUAUCAGGCGAAUGCCUCUGUUUGCCUGGUGUGGUGGGCCAACAGUGUGACCGCUGUGCAUCUGGACUCAGGUUUCCCSAGUGCUCUGACUCCAUCAGUGUUUGUAACCCAGAUGGAUCCGAAGUGCCCGAUCCUCUAACGGGUGUCUGCCGCUGCCGGGCCAACGUAGAAGGAACRCUGUGUGACAGGUGUAAACCUCUCUACUGGAACCUGGCUGCAGACAACCCUCGUGGAUGCACAGAAUGUCAGUGUGAUCUGAAAGGGACACUGAGCGGAGUUGGAGAAUGUGAGCAGAGAGAUGGACAGUGUCACUGUAAGCCAAAUGUCUGCAGCCACGCGUGUGACUCUUGCAAAGACGGAUACUUUCUGCUGCAAAAGAAGAAGUACUUUGGCUGUCAAGCUUGUCAGUGUGAUUUAGGAGGAGCUGUUGCCAUGACAUGUGAUCAGACCUCUGGACAGUGUCAAUGUCGGGAGAAUGUAACUGGCCGUACGUGUGCAGAGCCUUUCCCUGGCUACUUUUUCCCAUCUCUGCACCAGUUGAAGUUUGAGGUGGAGGAUGGCACGACACCAAAUUCCCGACCAGUCCGCUUUGGUUUUAACCCCCAAGAGUUCCCAGAGUUCAGCUGGAGAGGUUAUGCUGUAAUGUCACCUGCACAGCCGGAGGUGAUUCUAAUGCUUAGCCUUGGCUUUCCUGGACCCUUCCACAUUAUGUUGCGCUACUCCACUUCCCAAAACAAGGGGAGAGUUCGAGUCAAAGGCCGGAUCACGGUGGUGGAUGAACCUGACUCUGAGUCUUGCUGUGACUGUAAUGAAGCCAGGGUAACAGUGCAUGUUGAUCCAAAAGAGGGACGGCAGAAUUUUUUCCAUGCGGUUCUGCGGUUCAUUAACCCCAACAGCGUCAGUGUGACUGGUAGCAUCAAAGCUACAAAUAGCAGAGGCACCGCAGGGGAAGUUCAGAGUAAGGAAGUGGUAUUUCCUCCGAGUCCAUCCCCGUCCUUUGUCACCGUCCCAGGAGAGGGCUUCACUGAACCUUAUGCAUUGAAUCCUGGGAAGUGGAUUAUUCAUAUAAGAGCUGAGGGAGUUCUUCUGGAUUAUUUAGUGCUGCUGCCUCGAGAUUACUACGAAGCCUCUCUGYUGAAAGAAGAAGUCGCUCAGCCGUGCACAUACCUACACACUGCAAGCAAAGAUGAAAACUGUCUGCUGUACAAGCACAUCACCAUGGACGGUUUCAGCUCUGUACUCGCCACACAGGGCAGGCUGUCCACCCGGAGUGGGCGGAGGAAGAGGAGGCAGGCGCGUGUGCGGCGUCCCACUCCGGAUCACCCAGACAUGGCGGCUCUCAACGGGAGACAGUCUCGUCUGGAGCUCAGUCUUCGUGUGCCUCACUCAGGCCUCUAUGUGCUCAUUCUGGAGUAUGCCAGUGAGAUGGACACUGUCCAGAAUGUUAACAUAUUCAUCAGUGGACAAUCGGGGAUCCAGAUCAUGGCUAGAGCCAAUGUUUAUAGCUGUGUUUUCAGCACUUUGUGCCGGAGUGUCGCAGUAGACAGCAGAAAUCAAGUGGCCAUGCUGCAGCUGACUCACAGGACAGAGAUUCUUUUGCAAACUUCUACAACGUCAUUCCUUCUGUAUAAGAUCUAUGCASUGCCAGCAGAAGAGUUCUCUCUGGAGUAUGUGGAGCCCAAAGUGCUGUGUGUCUCCACUCAUGGUCGCUUCACUCAGGAGAGUCGACACUGUGUUCAACGGCGGUUUGACAAGCCGUCCUCAUCCUGGGUUCUGUAUGCCACCCGUGAUGGACGGCUGUCAUCCACACCUGCAGCGGCUCUCCAACGGGGCAAGAGUGAAGCUUGGAGGCGGAGAAGACAGCCCAGCUUGUUUUCUGUCCACGAGCCUCAGAGUGACGGGACGGUGCUUAAAUUCCCUCAGACUGAGAUCAGUUUUACUCCAGCGGUGCCCCUCCCGGCUCRGUAUGUUGUUGUGGUGCAUUACCAUCAGCCUGAACACGUCUCUUUCCCGGUGGAAGUGCGAGUGAAUGCAGGUCGUAUGUGGAAAGGUGAGAUAAAUGCCACAUUCUGCCCAGCAGUUUCAGGCUGCAGGGAGGUUGUUGUUGCCGAAGGCCGCAUUGCUCUCGACUUUUAUGGGAAUUCUGCGCAGCUGCCCAGCAUCUCUGUCAUUGUGCCACACGGGAAGACCCUUGUUUUGGAUUACAUUGUGCUGGUUCCUGAUAGUAGUUACUCUCCGGAGCACCUGCAAGAGAAACCUCUYGACAAGUCUGCAGAUUUCAUAAAACAAUGCACAAGUGAAGGCUUCCAUAUUGAACCUAGAACCUCAUCCCAGUUUUGCAGAGAUUCGGCCCGCGCUCUUGUUGCAGCUUACAACGACGGAGCCCUUCCCUGCGACUGCGAUAAGUCUGGCUCGACGGGGGCCGUGUGCGACCCCRUUGGAGGACAGUGUCCCUGCAGGCAGCACGUUAUCGGGAGGCAGUGCAACAAGUGUGCCACUGGAUACUAUGGAUUUCCCUACUGCAAACCGUGUGAAUGCGGACGGCGACUGUGCGAUGAAGUGACCGGACGCUGCAUCUGUCCUCCUCAGACAGUGAAACCAACCUGUGAUUCGUGCCAGUAUCAGACRUUUAGCUAUCACCCUUUACUGGGCUGCGAGAACUGUGGCUGCUCUCCAACCGGAGUGAACGUAAAUGCAGGGCUUCAGUGUGACACUGUUACUGGACAGUGCAGUUGCAAACCUCAUAUCGGAGGCCGGCAGUGUGAUCGCUGCGCUCRGGGCUAUUAUCGCUUUCCUGACUGUCUGCCCUGUGAAUGCAACCAGGGAGGAGUCACAGCCGAUGUGUGYCACCCAGACACAGGCAUGUGUCUCUGCAAGAAAAACGUUGAAGGUGUCAGAUGUGAUACGUGCCGGGAAGGCUCCUUCUACUUUGACCCGUCGAACCUCCUGGGCUGCUCCAGCUGCUUCUGCUUCGAAACGACCAACCAGUGUCAGAGCUCCAACAAACGGCGRGGAAAGUUUGUUGAGAUGCUUGGCUGGCAUUUGGAAAGCCCCGACAGGGAAGAGGUUCCCUCAGUGCUGAACGYUGUCAGCAACACAGCAGUGGCCGACAUUCAGGAGCUUCCUGCUACGGUUCAAACUCUACACUGGGUGGCGCCACAGUCCUACUUGGGAGACAGGGUAACAUCGUUUUUUUUUUUUGUUUGUUUGUUUUUCCAAUCAGAUGCCAUUGGAGAUAUGAUUGACGAAGCCAAGAGGAAAGCAGCUUCAGCCAAUAACACGGCCGCCGAGACCAUGGACAAACUCGAUAAAAUUAGGAAGGAGAUCGAUAAKAUCAACRUAUCUCCUGUUAAUGCCAAUCUAAGCAAUGACCUUAGUGAYGUGGACCAGUCUGUAAAGGAUUUGCUGAAAACAAUUCCGUCACUGAACAAUAAGAUCUCUGAGGUUGAAAACCUGACCUCUGGGUUCUCAGGCCUCGGUAACAUAUCUGAAAACAUAAUGAAGAUCAAAGAACUUAUUGAGCAGGCCAGAGAUGCAGCUGACAAGAUUGCAAUCCCCAUGAAUUUUGCCGGGGAUGGUCACAUCGAGCUGCGCCCACCGAAGAAUCUAGAUGACCUGAAGGCCUACACAACCCUGUCUCUGGCGCUGCAGAGACCCAUCGGGAGAGGAGACGGAAAACGCAGGCGCAGACAGACUGAAGACAUGUUUGUGUUGUACCUUGGCAACAGAGACUCCUCAAAGAAUUACAUAGGCAUGGUGUUGAGGCAAAAUYGCUUGUAUGGCCUGUACAAGCUGAACGGACAGGAGUACGAGCUGGAGUCUGACUUGAUUUCCACCUCCAGCCCUCAGCCGGCCACAUUUGAUAAAGUGGAUCUUAACAGAAUUUACCAAGAUGUGGAGCUAAAGCUGACCAAAGACAUAACCUCUGGGCCACCUAAUAAGGAGUAUAGCCAUCGUCAAACCAACAAAGGAGGGGAGAACGAGAACCUCCUGAAAUUCAGUCCUGAUGACGUUGUCUUCUACGUUGGAGGCUACCCGUCCAACUUCACCCCUCCUCUCUCUAUGAGGUUUCCAAAAUACACGGGCUGCAUCGAGUUCUACACCUUUAACAAGAAGGCCGUGAGUCUCUACAAUUUCCAAAAAGCAGAAAAGAUCAAUGUCCAGACUCCCUGCAAGAGAACCGUAAGUCCAGUCGACUCAGACUAUUAUGAAGGCACCGGAUAUGGCAGAGUGGCCAUAAGYGAACAGCCGAGAACUAUUGACAUAAGUGUCAAGACUAGCGUGGAAAACGCUUUACUCUUCUUCACAGGAGAUGAGAAUAAGUACUUAAUGGUGAUUGUAGAGAAGGGUUACAUUGCUAUUCAAAGUAACUUGAUCGCAGAACCAAUUAAAGGAUCAGACAAAGUGUUCCCAGUUCCAGUUGAUUUUUUGAAUGUUAGGCUAAUUUAUAGGCCUGGGAAAGUAAAUGUUAUUGCAGGCUCCCCGCCACUUACGGCCUCGCUCACUGAAUACGAUUUCAACAACUUUAAAGAUUUCUAUAUUGGUGGUGUAACGCAAGAGAUCAGACAAAGGUGGGACAUCACCACUCCACCAUACAAGGGAUGUUUGAAAGAUUUGAAGGUAAACAACAAUUUUAGRCCACCUGAUGAACCAGUGGGAAUCAGCAAAGGCUGCUUGCAGGAUUCACUGAGUUCGUACAAAGCACAGUUCAGCUUGGGGAGCUCCCUGAAAGCAGAMCUCCAAGACUUCAGCUUGGAAAACAACGUUGUGGUGUCCCUCGGAUUCAAGAGCACAGAGAGCCAGGGCAUUAUAUUGCAGAACAAAAAACUGGGAAACCAGUUAAACAUUGCAAUGGAAAAUGGCUACGUGAUUCUACACUUUGACACCAUUAAAUGGAAAUCAAACAAACAGUACAAUGACGGGAACUGGCACUAUGUGACUGUCUCCAAAAAAGAAGGAAGGAUUGCAGUGCAGAUUGAUGAUGAAGACUAUGGUCAGCAAGAGAGUGGCACCAUGUCCAUACCUGACACACAGGGCUCUAUUUGGCUUGGAAAAGAGAAUUUCAAAGGCUGCAUUUCCAACUUUUACACUCGACGGUCAGACGAGUUCAAGCCUGCAAACUUAUAUGACUUCCAGGCUACAGGAGACGUCCAGGUAGAUGUGUGCACUGUCAGCAAUCCCUUUCAACUCCGCUUCAACAAAAAGGAUAGCGUGAAGCAAAUAAUAAAUGAAAGCGCCUCAGUCUGUGAAUUCCCAGCCAAGCUUCAACAUGCUUAUCGCAUGGGAGGGCCUGUGAGCAGCCUGAGCUACAGCCUACCAUUACAGGUCUUGCAACCCAAGCCUCACUUCUCUCUGGAUGUCAGGACUCGGUCUCCUGAGGGCCUGCUAUUCUUUGCAGCGACCAGAGGAGGGCAGUCUCAUCUGGCGUUGUACAUGUCUAAGGGCAGGAUCAGACUCUCUGUGGGAAAACAGAGGGAGAUAUUCAACAGAGAGAAGUACAACGAUGGAAAGUGGCAUUCGGUCAUGUUCAGUUUGGAAAAGAAGAAAUUCCGGUUGAUUGUAGACGGGAUCAAAGCUCAGGAUGGUCAGCUGACUACCUCCGAGUUGAAGUCUAUGCAGCAGUUCCUCCUGCCUGCAUACCUGGGCAGUGCGCCAGAAUCCCUUCAGAAAGAGUUAAAGUCAAAGGCUCUGCCAAAGCAAAGCGUGUCCGGCUGUGUGCGUAAUUUUAAGAUGAAUGGAGCACUGAUGUUAAACCCAUCGUCAAACUACGGUGCAGGACCCUGCUUUGAGGGGCCGACACAAAAAGGGGUGUAUUUUGCAGGAAAUGGAGCACAUGUCAUAAUCAAUGACUCCUUUGUUUUUGGUUCUGACCUGGAGGUGCUGUUUAACAUACGUCCCCACAGCCAGACUGGACUCCUGCUUCAUGUCGGUGAUUCCAGCAGUCAUGUAAACACAAUGGGCCACUUUCUCAGCAUCUAUAUGCUCGGAGGAGAGGUGGUGGCGCACGUGAACAACGGAAAAGGAGAGUACAUGACAUCAGUGAAGCCAAAGACCUCUUUAUGCGAUGGAAUAUUUCAUAAAAUUUCAGUAAUCAAGAGAAAAAAUGUUGUACAACUAUCUGUGGACACAUUGGACAACUACAAGAUAGGUCCACCAUCUUCUACUUUCCCUUCGACCAAAGAUCCUCUUUAUGUCGGUGGCAUUCCUGAGACACUGAUGCAGCAGAUGCUUCCUGUCAAAUCCUCCUUUGUGGGAUGUAUCCAGGACAUGAAGAUCAACGACGUAUCAGUCUCCUUCCACAGGUCAUCGGGCGUGUUUGGCCCUGUUAACCUCAAAGAGUGUCCGGGCUGAGCAGUUAUGGCUGAACAAGCCUUGGGACCACGUCCUCUACCAACUAUGUGCAAUCGGUUAAAAGACAGAGAAUGUGUCUGUGUGUCAGAAUGCGUGGUGUGUGUCUGAAGGAAUGUGUGUGGGGGUUGUGAGCAGCAGCUUACAGGUUUAUCAUUUUAGCUGCUCUAUAUUUAUUCCGUGACAAAAUCAUAUAUUGUCAUGGCACCAAUUCUUGGACAAUCUUCCUAAUUGCAACACAACCUGAUGCAUGUCUCCAUUGAUUCUUUGUCAACAACCAAAUGCUACUGAACAGACUGGUGAUUAUUGAUCAGGGGAAUUCAUUAUCAAAAACCCAGCACUUUAAGAAAAUAAAUGCUGCCUUCUCAGACGGUGCUGCAGUUGCAAUGAAAACUAGCUUUGUUGUCAAUUGUAGUUUUUUUUUCUCUGUUGGACUCCAACUUUUAUCCUAGAAUUAUUAUGUUUACACCUGUGGUGCUUAAGUCAUUGCUGUUUCAGGGGUCUCCAAGCUACAAUCUAUUUAUUUCCACCUGCCUGCAUGUAGAGUUCUGCUUUGUAACUGGUUUAAAACACCUGCGAUCCUCACGUUUGAUCUGAGUUACCUUCCCAUUUUGCAUUCCUUUUGCAUGAAAAUUAUGUUCUCUGUCGAUUUUUCACACCAUAAAAAAAAGCAUGAAUUUUAAUUCCUAUUUAUUCAAUUUUUUUCUGAUAAGUAAUCUUUAAUUUAUGACAUUAACAUAGCUUUCAGAACUGCGGUCAGUCAUGAAUUGGGACCAUUACAAAAGAGCUGCGAGCAAUUUAGCACAGAACUAAAUGUGUACUAAAGAUGCUUAAAUUCCCCAACUGGUGUUUACUUUUCUGUUUUUACAUUCAUACCACAAUUAUUAAGAAAUGCGUUAUAAGAAUGCAUUAUAUACUUGGACGCAUUUGGACAUGCAUUCCUGCCUUGUGAUGACUGAUUUGUAAACCUGUUCCAUCAUUGUUUUUGUAGUUCCUGUGGCAAUAAAAGAUUAUUUGAUUUGUGUUUAAA